AUGAACUUCUCAAUGACGACAGCCACUUACAUGAUGCUGUGCGCGUUUGCGCUUCUCGUCUUGUCGGUGUCCGCAGAAUUGGCGCACUCGGAUGACGGUGUUCUCGACAUGGAUAAGCGCGGCCCGUAUAGAGCAUUUGCAUUCGCCAAACGAAGUGAGGAGGAGUUCGACAAACGCGCUCAGUAUGGUUUCGCGAAAAGAUCGCCAUACCGAACUUUUGCGUUCGCGAAACGCGCCCGACCAUAUGGUUUCGCUUUCGCCAAGCGCUCGCAAUUCUCUUCAUUCGCCUAA